UUCAUAGAAAUAAUGUGUCUAACAAAAUCUUAUUUAUUACCCUGCUUUUCAUUUAACAGUACACAACGUCCUGAGCUCCGUUUAUUUUAUUAUUAUUUAAUUAUUAUAAUUUUGUCUCUGUCGUAUGCAUGGAAAUAAACAGAAACGCAGGAUUGUUAACAGUAUUCGCACAAAUUUUGAAAAUUCAUUCAAAAUAUAGUAAAUAUAGUGGUCUAAAGCAAUAUAGUUAAAUAUUAAUAACAUAUAGCAAACACUUAUUUUAAAUUCAGAUCCUUAAAGGCAUGGAAAACUCAAUAUAUGAAUAUGUGAUGUAAUGUGAUAAAUGUUUUCAAAUAUCAUUUAAUAAAAGGUUAUUCAAAUGUAUUACGAAGUUUAUUUGUGCAAGAGAGGUUAUAAUAAUGCAAUAUUUGUAUUUCAUCAGCUGUUCAAGUCUUGUUCUGUUGUGAUACUUUUGGAUAGAAGUUUAUUAUUCCAAAUAGAUUUUGAAAAAUGGGUCAUAUAUCUAUUGAACGUGAUUAAACUCAAUCAAGAUAGGCAGCGCAACACUUUGGAAAAAUUGUCAGAGCAUAUCAUCCAGCUACGAAUCCCUGAAGGGUAUGAAUUACAACAAGAAACGAUAUUACCUAAGCUGCCGUUAACGACUUUAAAAGGAUUUCUUAAUUUUGAAAAAUUGUUGAACACGAAUAAAGUAGCAAUGGCUCACUGUGUACAAUAUUUCAAAAAUAUUGGAGGUAGUUCAUUAUCUGACGCUACAAGACGUAUAUUGUAUGCAACGUUUGAUAAGGAUUUAGCCACUUCCUUUUCCUGGUUAGGACAAAAAAAUAAUUACAAGCUCAAAGACACAGGAUAUUCUAAGGCUCUAUUUGCUGCGGUGAAGUCACGUAAAUACGAGGAUAAUAUUUGCUCCGAUCGUGAUAUCGAGACUGCUAUCAUCAACUGGUGCAGACAUGCUGCUGAUCGUGUGAGAGCUCAUCGUUCAAAAGUGUCAAAUUAGACUUAGCUGUUUAACUUUUACUUUUUAGUAGUAGUAAUUGUAAUAAUUGGCAAUUUAGAUUAACCUGUAAGCAUAGAAGAUUCGCUCAGGAUUGCCCAGGUUUAGAAAAUAUUUACAUAAUUUCAAAAAAGUGAAAAAAAUAUAGUGCAGUUGUCAAAUAAAUCAUUAGGAUUUAUAAUUGUUAAAGAUAAUCUAAUUAUGUUAAUGUUUUAAAAAAAAAUGUUAUUUCAUAAUUCUAUGGUACUUGGUGAAAAAAAUGUCGCAAGAUGAAUACGCACAUAUUUGAAGUCUAAGUAAAAAUUAAGUAGAAUUAGAACAAGAAAAAGUGUCUUUCCUUUCUUUACAUCUGGUCAUAAUGUUUAGAAUAAUCAUUUCAUAGAUUAUAUAAUUGUUUCAUUACAUUCUAUGAGUCCUUUAUAUAAGUUAAAUAUACCCUAAUGCAUAAUAGUUAUAGUUAAGGUUUAAAAAAGAAUAGCAGAAUUAUUAGUUAUUGAACUCCAUUCACAAAGAAAUAUACUUUUACAUAAACUAUUAAAAUACAGCCUUUAUUAGCUUAUAAUUAAAUUAUCACCUUUUUACAUAAAAUUCCUGUAUAAAAAAAAAAGAAUUCAAUAAUGUAUCCUCCUACUAGUUUGGAAAAUGUUCUGAUAAAAAGAGAAUUAGUGUCCCUAUUCAAUAUUUUUGGUAUGACAAAAUGUUCUGUUCCAAAAAAGUCUUAAGUGUCCUUGAUAUAUUUCUGGAAU